AUGUUCCCAACUACUCUCACCUUUUCUCUCCUAUUGUUCAUCCUAUGUGCCAGGCAAGGUCUCGCGUUGGACAGGCACGCUGUUGUGUCCCGCUAUAAUCCCUCUCGCUCCGGGGAUGUCAGCAACUUCACCACCCCUAUGCAGGUCGGAAACGGCCGCUUCGCGUUUGGGGCUGACUUGACAGGCCUACAAACCAUCCUGCCGUUCUCCAUCAUGUCUUCAUGGGGAUCCAAGAACGAUUCUUUGCCCGCUAAUCGCACAGAAGCGGAUGUCGAGAAUUAUCACGGAGAGAGCUGGUAUAACCAUGGGAGGCUCGUGGAGUAUGACUUUGGAGGAGAGCCAGAGCUCGAGCAGUGGUUGAUUGCGAAUCCGAACCGCGUUAAUCUGGGACGCGUCGGGCUUGUAUCACUGCUCCCAGAUAGAACAGAGGUGAACCUUACCGAUGGCGACAUAGUAAACGCAUCACAAACCCUCGAUAUAUGGACCGGUAAUAUCACCAGUCAGUUCAUCCUUAACAACGAGCCGGUCAUCGUCAAUACGUUCUGUGCGCCAGACGAGGACACGGUGGCAAUCAGUAUCGAGUCUACACUCUUGUCUGAGGGGCGCCUGGGUGUCUUCUUCGAUUUCCCUUGGAACGAUGGAUCGAACAAGUUCUCGGACCCUUUCGUUGGGUUGUUCAACAUGACUGCUAACCACACGACCAAUCUCACUCUCGGUGACCUCGGCACCAACAUUCGAGCACAAAUCGCGCAUACCAUGAAUUCUGUCACUUUCUUCACGUCCAUAGCAGGGGAUGCUUUCAACAUCAGUCUCGACACGCCCGGCACGCAUCACUAUACUGCUCGCCCAGUCAAUAACAACGCGUCUUCAUUCUCCCUUUCCAUUUCUUACGCACAAGAGCCGCCAGAAAGCGUCUCGCCCGUAGAGACCGUCUUCAAAGACUCCAGGGCGACAUGGGAGGAAUUUUGGACGAGUAACGGAUUCGUGGACGUCGUGAGCAACUCAACAGACUCUCGUGCGGAUGAGCUCCAAAGACGAAUUAUAUUGUCUCGAUACUUGAUGAGGGUCAACGCUGGUGCCGAUACGCCGCCACAGGAGUCAGGUCUCGUCAACAACGGCUGGUACGGGAAGUUUCAUAUGGAAGAGAUAUGGUGGCAUUGCGCACACUGGGCCUUAUGGUCCAACACCGAUCUUCUCUCCACCUGUACUUCAGUCUACCAGCGUUUUCUCCCAACCUCCAUCGCUCGUGCUCAAGUCGAACAGGGCUGGCCAUCCGGAGCCCGCUGGCCCAAAAUGACCGACCCUUCAGGCCGCUCAGCACCAGGCGAGAUCAACAACCUCUUGAUCUGGGAGCAACCUCAUCCGGUCAUCUUCGCCACCUACCAGCGACGCGCUACUGUACCAGGUACCGCAGAGGAGCGAGCCGUCCUCGAGCGGUGGAGAGAUGUCGUACAGGCGACGGCUGACUGGAUGGCCGUCUUCGCGUUCUGGAAUACGACUACGAACGUGUACGAUAUCGGACCUCCGAUGUACGUCGUCAGCGAGGACACCAGCCCGAACGUCACGAUGAACCCCGCUUUCGAACUGGCAUAUUGGAGGCUGGGUCUCAACCUCGCCACGGAAUGGAUGCAGGCGUUGGGGGAGAAUGAUAGCGUAUGGGGUGCGUGGCAGGAUGUUAGCAGCAAAUUGGCACCAUUGCCGGUGCAGAAUGGGACAUAUGCGGUGUAUGAGGGUAUCCCGGAGGACUUCUGGACGGAUCCGGAGUUUACGAACGAUCAUCCUGCGAUGACGGGGUUGUAUGGAUGGCUGCCGCCUACGCCUGGCUUGGACAUCGAUAUCGUGAACGCGACCACACACAAAGUCUGGGCCAGUUGGAACGUGAGCGGUUUUUGGGGAUGGGACUUCGCGAUGUUGGCAAUGUCGGCCGCACGUCUGGGAGAGCCCGAGCAAGCAAUCGAGUGGCUCCUCCAUCCACUUCUUCAGUUCGACGACGUCGGGAUGCCCAUAGGUGGCGUUCGUGUCCCUACACCGUACUUCCCAGCAUCAGGCGCACUUUUGCUUGCUGUGGGUAUGAUGGCGGCAGGUUGGGAGAAUAGCACGGGUGUGGCACCCGGAUUCCCCGCAGACGGAUGGUCUGUGCAGAUGGAAGGGCUUGCGCGAGCGCUUUAG